AUGUGCUGUCCAGCAGGUAGGUUGUUAUCAGCCAAGGUGGUGCCAAUUUGGUGCCAAGGUGGUGCCAAGGUGGAGCCAUGGUGGUGCCAAGGUGGUGCCAAGGUGGUGCCAGGGUGGUGCCAAGGUGGUGCCAAAGUGGAGCCAAGGUGGUGCCAGGGUGGUGCCAAGGUGGUGCCAGGGUGGUGCCAGGGUGGUGCCAAGGUGGUGCCAAAGUGGAGCCAAGGUGGUGCCAGGGUGGUGUCAGGGUGGUGCCAAGGUGGUGCCAAGGUGGUGCCAAGGGUGUGCCAUGGUGGAGCCAUGGUGGUGCCAUGGUGGAGCCAUGGUGGUGCCAUGGUGGUGCCAAGGUGGAGCCAAGGUGGUGCCAUGGUGGUGCCAAGAUGGUGCCAUGGUGGAGCCAUGGUGGUGCCAAGGUGGAGCCAAGGUGGUGCCAAGGUGGUGCCAGGGUGGUGCCAGGGUGGUGCCAGGGUGGUGCCAAGGUGGUGCCAAGGUGGUGCCAUGGUGGAGCCAAGGUGGUGCCAAGGUGGUGCCAAGGUGGUGCCAAGGUGGUGCCAAGGUGGUGCCAACGGGUUUAAGUUAGCCAGAAAGUAUGGUUAG